AAAAGAUGACAGAGGACACCACACCUGUACCACCCCCACCUCCACCUGCUGACGUCAGCGCUAACGGGCAGGACAAGGGCGUUGCCCACAGCAACAGCCAAUCUACAUAAGUCAAAAAACUUAAGUGGGCCAGGCCACCCAGAAGAAGACGAUGUGACAACGCAUCACAGGUCAUCCCAGCUAAGAGUUCCAGAAUUCACCAAGAGGAAAAUCCAUGACAACAGUCUGCGUGGUGAUACUGCAGCGGAAGUGGCCGAGAAUGGCUCUGACCACGAAGUUGACGUGAUUAGUAACUCUCCAGACAUUGCGCAGGAAUUCGUAGAGGGGUUUGAUGUUAAACGCGGGGAUUAUGACGACGAGGAGGCAGAAGGGGAGGUAACUUGCCCAGUCUUAACUUCUCGUCUGCCUCGUCGUGCUCCUUUAACUCAGUCGCUAACUCGGUUCAGUCUUCUUCCUCAGACCCCUCUGAUACCCACCCUCAGACGUCACAAAACAACAACUACAAGUCACUCUCCCCAUCACAACAUGACACUAAAGUGCCACUUAUUCGCUUAAGUCAAUCAAGUCUGCCUUUGUGAACCGCGGGUGCAACAGGCCCGCCACUGUAGGACAGAUGUUUGCUUUGAAGAAACGGUUGAAGGAGUCAAUGAACGGACAUGGUGAGGCCGGCGAGAGAUUGUCUCCCAGCCUAUUGUCUACCGGAGACCCCUCUUCUGAUCACUCCCCAAGUCCUGUGCUUCCAACGUCCAAUGGCGAUGAGCCGCUGGAUUUCUGUCCAAUUAAAAUUGAGGAUCCAGUCAAGCCUGUGCAGACAGAGCCAGUGGAUCUUUCCCUCAAUAAGAAGGCUUUCGGCGGUAAUUUUGGGAGUCCCCACCAUCACCAAGGACUCGACCUUCGCAUCAGCAGGAAAGGAGAACAGGAAGAUCAUCCAAAUGUCACACUGGAUACAGUCAAUAAAAUCGGAUCAGCAGCACUUCUUUCCUUGCAGCGGAUUAAGGAGGCCUCAGAGCAGUUCAAGUCAUAUGAAAAUGGAGCCAAGCGGCCAUUUCCAAUGUCUUCCAUUAACGAAGAAACGCAGAGAAAGCGACGGGUACAUCGUUGUGAUUUUGAUGGCUGUAAUAAAGUUUACACCAAAAGCUCUCACCUGAAGGCUCAUCGCCGCACACAUACAGGCGAGAAGCCAUACGUGUGUACCUGGGAAGGCUGCACCUGGAGAUUUGCCCGCUCUGAUGAGUUAACGAGACACUACCGUAAACACACAGGUGACAAGCCCUUCAAAUGUCAGGUGUGCGAGAGGGCGUUUUCACGAUCAGACCAUUUGUCUCUACACAUGAAACGACACUGAGACCUCCUGAGACUGGGGACUUAAGGUCUCCAGCUGUCUGUAAGGAUGAGCCCAGUUCUCGUGUAGAGAUAAUGCUCAGUCACACAGGAAGUUUCAGAGUCUCGCUGAUUCUCGCUCACUGCGCCAGGGACCUUCCUCUAAGUGCUGAGCUCACACAAUAUGCCGACAAAAUGUGCCAAAACCCCUGGACAUCAGCCUGUAGCUUUGUGUGAGCUUGUUAUGGGAAAACGUGUGCUGAGGAUAGAACAAGGAGAGCAAGCCUGAUAGUGUUGGGAGCCUGGGCUAAUGGGCAUGGGAUGUAUAGUGUGCUCACCACAACUGUACUUGUGAGCUCACCAAAUGAACUCCUUCGUGAAGUUGAUGACACCAGCUCACCCGACCAUGACAGUGUUCUUACCAAGUGAACUCUUCCAACACAUGGGAGGGUGUAGACUGCAUCUUUCAAAACGGGCUCUUCACGUGGAUUCCUUCAGAAAAAAUAAGGAAGAGCUCACAAAAUCGACUCCUGUAUUGGUGGUGCUUUUUUACCAAGCUCUAGGGCCGCCAUAUAGGAUACAGCACCCAGGUCCUUAGUCAUUCCUAACACGGUCUGGAGAGGCUGAACAAGACGAAGAUGUAUGCCACAAUCGUGAAGGACAUAGCCUGCUGGUGCAUGGUGAAUAGAUGUGGAUUGGUCACCCCUGUUGGGGGGUACAUGCCUUGUUGAUUGUUGGAAACCCUUGCAAACUUGAAGGAGACCCCACGAUUCAGGAUUUGUUUUGAAUUUUCUCUGCUGACUUGGCCCCCUCUACACAAACAACGAGGCUUUUUCUUGACCCGGGGCAGUCAUAUUGGUGCUCUUCCCAUGGAUUUGUCAGUCCUCAACCUUCAGUAUGGGCAGUUCAACCUGCCUUUCUCUGCAUCAGAAUUGGAACUGGCAUUGUGUCAGAAUAUGGUGCUAGAUCCCGUACCAAAAUACUAACUGGGCAUUUAUGGAAUUUUAUCAAAAGCCUUAAAACACCCACCUCCCUUCGCUGGUUUCCCCCCGUUCACCGAGUCAGUUUCUCAGAAAUGCUCUCCUUGCCACCCUUCCUGUGAUUAAGUAAGUUUCUACAUAGAACCUCUUUACUCUCAAAAUUCCCACCUGUCACCCGAGUUUUCCCUCUACAAGGGUCUUAUUUGGAAAUCAAGGCUGCCAAAGUGAAGACGUGUUGUAUGGUAUAAAAUUUGAAACACCAUCUUCAUACGACAGGUCCCAGUAUCUGCUCCAGCACCCCCUUAAACUACCACCCAAACCCCAUUCACUCUAGACCCCUCCCCACAGAGAAUCUAUUCACUUCCCCCAUGUGCAUAUCAUCAGUUACUGAUACUCUGUUUGGUGCUCGCACCACUCCAGUCUAAUCCGGUGCCUGCACCACAGUUCUGUCGUACACUUGGUACAAAGUCCUCUGCUGGAGACCUUCUGGUCACAUGGCAGUCAUGUGACCCUAUAGCCUCUUGUGUGAUGAAUAUUCAUAAACUCCAUGAUGGAACUGCUAGUCAGUAUGUGAGUGCCAGUACACAUACCAAUGUUUGUUGACGAGAGCUGGUCGUACCAUUUGUUAUGUGUUGUCUGUACAGUUUUUGUGUAUCAUAAAACCUAUAUCACUGUUGGUAAUGUUAUUAUUUUGUCACCUUGUACACUUCUAUUCAUACAUACAU